GACCCUGCAGUCAAAUUACAGCUCUGGACUAACUCAAGUGCUCAUGCCAGGCAUGCUGCUAGACUAUCUAGGCUAACGUGCAGAUAAAGUGGGGUAGAAGAUUUAGAGCUCGCUUCCAAUGAUCAUGAAGCUAUUUUCAUGACCUCACCACAUCCGCUAAGAUCGGACACACCACUUCGCUGUGCGUGUUACAGCUUCGAAAGGUCUCAAAUAAUGUUCGAGGGGUGCCUGUUGAAUCUUCGUGACUCCAUUUAACCUAUUCUUCUAUACUGAACCGCAACAUUACCAAACAUGUUGCCGUCUAGGGCUUCCCUGCGCCAAGCGCCGCGAGCAUGCCGAUCGCUCAGACAUGGACCGGCAGUUCGACACCAGUCUGUCAGAUAUGCCAGCUCAGGACCGGAGGGUCGUCAACCGCUUGGUGGCCCCAAAGGCAGCGCCGGCAAGUUCUUGGGAGGAGCUGCCGUUGCCUUUGUCGGAGCAGGUCUGAUCAUGACCCUUUGGCCCGCAUAUGUGGCCGAGCCCGCGAAACCCGCUCAAGCUACUAUCAACUACGAAAAGGUCCGCCCAAGGCCGCAAACAACCGAGGACAAUAGGGAUAUAAUCAGUAGUCAACACUUACAGGUAAAGAAGAGCUGGGAGAGCCCUGGCCUGUAUGCUUGGGGAGCCAAUACAGGCCGCGUCGCCGCUCCCGACUCGACCGAGAAGGUCAUCAAGACCCCCAGGCGCAUUACCUAUUUCGAUGGCCAGCUACUCCGCGACGUCAAGCUGGAUGCCCAGUUUGGUGCUGCAAUCACAGAGAAGGGCGACUUGGUACAAUGGGGCACAGCCUUCUCCGAGCAAGACCCGAAGCCAGCGACCACACUGAAAGGGAAAGACCUGGCCAAGCUGGCUAUCUCGAGGGAUCGCAUCCUGGCUCUCAGUAAGAGCGGCACCGUUUAUACACUGCCAGUCGCCAGUGCCGACCAGUCUUCCGGUUCCAAGGAGCAACCCUCCUCGUGGUUUGGGCUUUGGUCCAGUCCUUCAUCCGCAUCGUAUCGCAAACUCGACAUCCCCAAUCUGGCCUGGGGCGAGAACGUGACCGACAUAUCAUCCGGUCUUGACCACGCCCUUGUUCUUACUAGCAAGGGACGCGUCUUUUCUUCUGCUUCAAGCAAUACCGAGUUUCCCACCAAGGGUCAACUUGGUAUUCCCGGCCUUACCUGGGCAACAAAGCCUCCAGGCCCUUACGACCAGCCCCACGAGAUCCCGCAACUGAAAGGUUUCCAGAUUGCCAAGAUCGCCGCGGGCGACUACCACUCUCUUGCACUCGACAAGGAUGGAAAAGUUUUUGUGUUUGGCGACAACAGUUCUGGUCAAUUGGGGUUUGAAGCCGAAAAGGAGAUCCCAUUUGUUGAUGGACCUAUUCCCUUGCCAUUUACCACCAUAUACAAAGGUACACAGCAACUACCUCAGGUCACAUCUAUCGCUGCUGGAGGUGCAAACUCGUUCUUCACAGUAGACGCCACUCGUGUAGCCGGCCAGCCAGGUAGUCAACGUGAGAAGAUGGAAGUCGCACCUGCCAGGAAUCUAGGUCAAGUCACCGCAGAUACCUGGGCUUGCGGCUCUGGUAUUUUUGGCAGUCUGGGCAAUGGCAGAUGGACACAUAUCUCACUUGGCCCAACGAAGAUCAAGCCCUUGUCGGGACUCUUCGAAUGGGAUGAGAAGAACAACGCCGUUAUCCCCAUCCGCCUCGCACGACUCAGUGUUGGGUCUACACAUGCCGCCGCCGUCAUGGACAACGUUACGUCAGUCGGCACUCACUCGGCCACUGCGGCCACUGACAACGACACGAACUGGGGCGCCGACAUCGUUUGGUGGGGUGGCAACGAGCACUACCAGCUAGGCACGGGCAAGCGAAACAAUGUCAACACACCAACCUAUAUCGGACCACUAGAUGGUGGAGCUGGAGACGCCGAAAAGGGCCGAAAGGGCGAGCAGCACAGAUUCCAGAUCACACCAAGAACCACCACAAGGAUUGGCGAGGGAGGCAAGGGCAGGAAAGUGAGUGUCGAGCAAAGGGUCGAAUGUGGUCGUUUCGUCACAGCUGUCUACUCUGGCACGUGAAAGGGAGAAGUAGCGGAGAUAAUGUAAAACCCAGGAGGAAGCCCCCGAAAAGCAAGGUGAUGCGACUUGAGAACUCAGAUGGGAGUUGAGCGCGACUAACUUGGACCGCCAAGGAUGGGCGAAGAUGCAUUGAGAAGGGGUGUACAUACCCAGAUUGUAUUAUAAGAUACCAAGGUACUGAGACGCAGGGCUCGGCGUUGAUCGACUGAAGUAUUUCGGUCAUGAUUCAUUGUAUAUCUAGCUGUAAUUAACCCCUCCACGCUCAGCAAAUUUAAACCUGCAUAUAGACAGUUUCUAUCAUCAGACUCCGAUAUUUGGUGCUUUA